AUGGGAUUCCCCAGCCUGGUUGCACCUCUACCCCUUUCUUCUGAGCCUCUGAGGGGAUUGCAUAGGCGUGAUUACCAAAAGGACGGACUCAGGAGAGCCGAGGAAAUGGAGUCUAAGGUCAGGAGUUUCUCGAUUCCAACGUCAACGCAUAGCAAAUGUCAUUUUCUUUGGAGGACAUCUCGUUUCCGGGAUCCAUGAGUAAUAUGAGUAGGAGAGGACUCUGGGAACGAGGUUGGUUAAUUGAAACAGACGGAAGAUAAACAUAUAGAACGGCAAACUGAUCCUGGCGGCAAGGCGCCAAUAAACAAGUAAACAGACUAAGAAAACAAAAAAUAUAUUUCAACGAAUUUGUUUUCUUCGUUUGUUUACUAAUUCAUCGCCUUGCCGUCAGGAUCAGUUUGCCUUAAGGUUUUAUAUUUUAUACUACUAGGUGGUUAUUGUACUGAUCCAGGUCUACAAAUGUGAGAACCGGCACCACUAAACGGUUUGUGGCUGUGGACUUGCUGCUACUUAAUAUUUUGGAAGAUAUAAUAUCGUGUUUUUGAACCAAAGUCAAGUUGUAUUAAUGAGAGGCAAAGUUGUACUAUAGUGAUGGCUAACUUGCUAUGGGAUUACCAUUGGGUUACGGGAUAAAGAUUUUCUUCCAACCGAAACCAUAAUUCCCGCAAAGAUAUAGGAUGAACACUCGAAAAAAAAUGUUUUUCCUGAAAAGCAAGAAAAUUUAGCUCUGUUCUGAUAAAUAGAGGAAACGAGUAUUUUUAACCAAAAAAACCUGGUUGCCACCGGCAAUGUAAACAAGAAAUAACAGGUGACCAAAUGGACCACACCUUGCUGUUUAUCGCUAAAUUUAUCUCGCUCUUCUAGGGAUAACUUUCCUUUAAGAAGAUGAUGAAAUCAUUAAAAUGCCACUGCUUUUGGCAUUGCACACUAUAAAACCAUCAUCUUCAGAAAAUGGAGUUAUCUUUUCAGAGUUUGUUGCAAACACUCUUAAACUGCACACAGAGUACACACAUACAUUAUCUUUAUUGGUGACGCCAUCGAUGUUUUUUGUUUGCCGGGCCUUGUCUAUGCAUAAUAAUGCCCUUAAAGUUCCUGUUUUAUUAAAAUCAUCAGUACUUAAAAACUGAAUAUCACGACGCAGAGCUUAGCUCAAGGAAAUUUGAUUUUAGGAGUAGAAAUUCUCAACGUAAUUUUGGCUUGGGCUUGGAGUUGUCGAUAUUUCAAAUGAUCACCACGAACGAGAGCCAGUCAUUUUACCGCAAUUUGCUUAUCCUGAAUGGUGGCCACAUUAUGAGUCGGGGCUCUGGGCAAAUCGCCGUAUGAAUAAUUGUAAUGAGCAUUACCAGAGCUGACUGAAUAUGGAUAAACAGUUCCCUCAUGUCUACUCAGACUUUCCAUUCCGCGAUGAAGAACAAACACUCUAUGAUUAUGGAUACAGAGUGUUGUGUACAGUACUGAUCGGUUCAGGGGCAAUUUGCGUCGAUAUUAUUAUAUAUUUUGCCCUCGUGCUGCUAAAAAAGCUCAUUCGGAAGCACUUAAUAACCGAAGAAAUGCACUUUGUCAUUGACUUGUUGUUCGGCUUGAUAAAUUUAAGUGUCACGGCUUGGCUUGCAUAUUUCGUGGAUGAACGUUUACGAAUUUUCUGGAUGAAAAGGAAAUACGGCUUGAACACUUCAUUCAGUGUAAUCUCAUGAUUUGCCAAGGAGAAGAAUUAACUUAUGUUGGCAAAACUCAGUUCAAUUUCAACUGGAGAUUCUCUUUACUUGUCGUCACUGACAAAAGAAAAUAUUCACCCAGGGCUGUAUUCAUUUUUCUGUUAAUUGUGUAAAGAAUAAUGCAAGCAUAUGUCCUGUUAGUUGUGAUAAAAAGAGGACAAGCAUUAUUAAGUUUUUGUAAUCAUAAUUUAAGAUUACCAACACGAUCAUGGCUAAUUUUUAUGCCGGCGGGGCAGCUGGAUUUUUUUACCACUUUGUUGCGGUAAAACUUUGGGAAAUAAAACAUUUAACACCAUAACAACUCCUUUCAAGAGGAAGUGCCGAAGUAAAAAAAAAAAAGAGACGAUCUAUUGAUAAGAGAGUGGUAAACGUAGUGUAAGAAUUCACAUCUCUUUACAUGUAAACAUUUACACGAAAGGAAAACAGAAUCUGAAUUUAAAAUUAGCUUAAACUCGUGCCUGUGUUUUUUAUCCCCAUCAAAACGCCGCAUCCUUCUUCUCGCACCGAACCAAAAAAAAAACAUGAUAAAAAUAAACAAGUAAAGCGGUUGUUUUAUCCGCAGAAAACCUUGUCAUCGAGCAAACCCAAAGAGCUAUGGUAUGUGAUUCAUCGCAUUCUUCAUCCUAACCCUGAGCCCCUGAAAGUGGACCCAGAUCUGUUGAACAACCCCUUCACUUCCACCUCACAACGCUCGCUAGGAUCAACACCAAACUCUCCACAUGCUUUACAAGAACUGAUCAACUCACUCUCUGAUAGUUCCACAAGCUCAUUCGACCUUGUCACCUAUUUUUAAGUGCUGAAACAGCUUUAAAACAUGAGAUCUGAUUGUUCUGCUGGAGCUGACGAAAUACCCGCUAAGUAUCUAAAGAUGGCUACCGACUACAUUGCCUCUCCGCUGACACAAAUUAUUAAUAGGUUCAUUUCAAAUAAUAUCUUCCCCGCCGCUUGGAAAAUGGCAAGAGUGUCUCUAAUACCUAAAGUCGAUUCCCCAAUCAAUGCUUAAUAAUACAGACUCAUUGCUAUUCUUCACGCACUUUCUAAGGUCUAUGAGCGACUUGUCCUCAAUCAAAUAUUGGAAUUUAUCGAACAAAAUCACAUAUUUAAUGAAAGUAUCACAGGAUAUCGCAAAGGACAGGAGUAAUGAUUAAUGGUGGAGUCACUCUAAAUGCUUUUGUCGAUUUCUCCAAAGCGUUUGACACCGUGAAUAUUCAGUGGUUCUAAGGAAACUAUAUGCCAUUGGGUUUGCCAGUAACUCGUUAAAAUGUGUACACAGCUACUUAACAUCUCGGAAGCAAUUUGUUCGAGUCAGCGACAAAAAGUCUAAUUUAGUGGACGUGCCAUUUGGCGUUCCCAAGGCUCUAUAUAAGGACCCCUUUACUUCAACCUGUAUGUCAACGACCUACAAAGGGACUUAAACUGCUCAUGUUUCCAGUGUGCUGAUGAUACGACUCCAUAUGACCACCGCAGCCCUAGGAAUCUCAUUGCUUGCGAAAAUGAGAUGAACGGUAACACACAUUUUCUGGAAGAGUGGGCCAAAGACUCCAAUCCUCAAUUAAAUAAAAAUAAAACCAAGCAGAUGCUUAUAACUUGUAACGUUAUUCCAUCACUAACAGUAAAGGGACAGACCUUAGAAAGAGUCAGGACUUUCAAACUGUUAGGUACCUGGCUCAAUGAAAACCUUAAAUGGACUGACCACGUAAAAGGAACUUGUUUCAUCAUGUGAUAAAGUUCUUUCAAUUCUUACUACGUAAAAUACGAAACAUGCAUGGCUCCACGGCAAGUAAAAAAGCAAUUUGCGGAAAGUCUCAUCAUUUUUGCGGAAAGUCUCAUCAUUUUUAAACUGGACUAUAACAGAAUUGCUUGUUACCCUUUGCCGGCAUACUUACAAAAGAAAGUUCAACGGGUUCGUAAUGCGGUUGCAAGCUUUGUGAGGAACUGCUACUCCACCGAGCAAGACGUCCUAAAUCUAGGUUGGCUUCCACCCUUGAAAGGACGGAACUGUACCUCCUCUAAUUUGCUCACCGUGCGAUACAUAUGAAUACCUGGCCCGAAUAUUUGCCUCUGCCAUUACUAUACACGGCCAUAAAAGGAACCUACGAACAAGUGAGACACUACAGAUAGCUAUCCCUAUGGAGAAACAUACCUUUCAGGACUCAGCAGCUAAACCUUUUAACAGCCUACCCGUAAACUUA